GUCAUCUCUCCAAGAAACAGGAAUUCGAAUCGCAAAUUGAAAAGCAACACAGUGUAUUUGAUGAAAUGACCUCAACCCAGAAUACUUGGGUUAAAUCAGAAUACUUCGGCAAGAGUUGGAAUACUUGGGUAGUCCAGACCACUUCGUUCGCUUAACCAGUGUCCCGUACUAACUAGCAAACGCAUAUGAUUCGGACAGUGUGUAUUAUUUAGAUAACGCAUAUUUCAAUAUGAUCAGUGCUAUGUUCACUUAUCAGCUUUAGAUUCAGUGACAAAUAUGAAAUCGGUAGGUAUAUAGUUCAAGUCGAGUACUCCAUACGAGGACGCCUGUGUGUAUGUAAUAGACAAACAUACCGAGUAGUGCUUUAAAAUCAAAGUGGACUUACAGACCUUUUAAGAGUUUAAAACACCGAACACGGAGUUAUGUGAAACGUAAGCGUGAUGUCAGACGUGUGAAGUGACGGCAACCGUUAAAGCAUGGACGUGGACGACGCCAUAUCCCGGCUUGGACGUUAUAGUAAAUGGCAGCUCUUGAAGUAUAAUUUAUUAAGUUUUGGUUUUAACUUAUCUGGAUCAUGGCAAAUGGUUGUCAUCAUAUUUGCAGGGAUGGAGCCAUCCCACCAUUGCAAAGUGCCAGACAACUCGACAAUAAAUGAAACAAUCCCCAUGGAAACAGACGAUGACGGAGUAUCUUCACUGUCCAAGUGUAGCAUGUACUUCAAUGGCACUAAUGAGACGACGAGUUGCAGUAAUGGCUGGGAAUACAGUAUGGAAUAUGGACCUACAAUAAUAACAGAGUGGGACUUAGUCUGUGAAAGGAAUUAUUAUUCGGAGUUGUCUCAGUCGGUCUUCAGUGGCGGUGUGAUGGUCGGCGCUGUCCUUUUUACGUGGUUAGCCGACACAUUUGGAAGAAAACCAAUCCAUCUCUUCUGCCAGUAUGUGAUGGUCGUACUUGGUGUUAUUAUAGCAUUCUCACCAGAUAUCACCACGUUUAUUGUAUUGCGCUUCUUCAUAGGCGCUCUGCGAGAGGGAUCAGGACUGGUAGCUAUUGUGAUGUGCUGCGAACUAUUUCCUGCCUCGCAAAGAUCCAUCGCUGGGACCGCAUUACAACUCCACUGGUCACUCUGCUGGAUGCUCCUGGCAUUGGUCGCAUACUUUGUACGCACGUGGAGAUAUCUGCUCCUUAUUACGGGACUUUCGUGCUCCUUCACAAUAUUUUACAUCUGGUUUGUAGACGAGUCGAUUCCUUGGCUCGUUGCUAAUGGCAAACUGGAAAAGGCAGAGAGGAUUAUACAAAGUGCGGCAAAAUUCAAUAAGAUACAAUAUCCAAAAUAUGUUUUCACCAAAAGCGAUGCUACUUAUAAAGAGAAAAAUAAUGAAAAUGGCAUAAAGAAGCUGAUUUGUUACAGUAAAAAUGAUAGCAAAACAGUGGACAAAUCCAGUGUCAAAUCUUAUACAAUUCUGGAUAUACUCAAGUCAAAGACGCUUAUUUUUAACACGUUAAUAAUGUGUUUUCUGUGGUUCGUCAACAUAUUAGUAUACUAUGGCUUAUCACUACAAACAGGGUAUCUAGCCGGCAAUCUCUACCUCAAUUUCUUCCUCAGUGGGCUUGUCGAGGUUCCUGCAUAUUUAGCAGUCACGUUUUCUCUAAAUAGAUAUGGUAGGCGUUGGCCAGUAUGUAUCUUUCACAUCAUGGCUGGUCUAUUUCUCAUUGCUACCAUUCUUAUUCCGAAAAAAUCAGCAUCUGGUACGGACCUAUCUGCGUUGGUAACGACUUUCUCUAUGAUUGGCAAGUUUGCAAUCACAGCCUCAUUUGCAGCAGUUGUUCUCUUUAGUCCUGAGAUUUACCCUACCAACUUAAGAAAUUUUGGAUUUGGAAUGGGCUCCUUCGUUGGUCGAAUAGCGGGGAUUAUAGCUCCGUUUUCAGCCUACAUGGCAAAAACUGUUCCUUGGGUACCUGCAACAGUAUUUGGCGUUCUCUCUAUUGUGGUCGGGUUAAUGACACUGCUACUCCCGGAGACGCUGGGAAGACCACUACCUCAGACAAUAGAGGAGGUUGAGACGUGGACAAGGACUCUAUCGCCUGAAGAGGUGCUUAGAUGGAAAGAGACACAGGAGAGACAAAGGAACAUUCACCAUGUUGAAAGUUUUGUCGCCAAUGGCGACUUGGCCAUGGAACUUUCUACUCCGCUUAAAACCUGAUUCAUUUUUGUAUUGAUGGAACAAGGUGAUUCAGAAAGGGGAACAUAAAUCAAAAUUUACACGCACAUGCGUGUAAUGAGACCUGUGUAAUCUUUGGCGUCGGUUUGUCAAGACUGACGUUCAAAAGCAAAGGAAUCAAAGCAUGUACUUGUAGUACAGGGUUGGCCAGAAAACUCCUCAAUUUAUCUCACUUCAAGAACAAUUGUAAAAUUGAUUGAUGCAUAUCCUGUCAAGAUUUUACUAGUGAAAUCCAUGCAUUUUCAGUUAUAUCGAAAUAAAAAAUGGUGACGUUUUUGGCCCACCCUGUAUGUUACG